UUCCAUUUUUUAAAGGUUGAACGUGAAGAUUGGGAUCAAUUGCAAGCAGAUCUUCUUAUCGCAGUUAAAGUAGCAAAUGAUUUCAAGACAGAAGCUCAACAAGAAAUCUUAAAAUUGUCAGACAAAAUAAAUGAAUUACAAAAGCGACGACACAGUUCUCGGCGUAAUGCUUUACUUCAUUGGGCGAAAAAAAUAAUCGCUAAUCAGUAUUCACAAUUGGAUGUCACUAACUUUAGUAGUGAUUGGGCUGAUGGACGAGCGCUUUGCUUUUUAUUUUCGGCUUUUUUUCCAAAAAAAAUUGAUAUUAUUGGUAAUUUAAAUGCAGAAAAAUGUGUCGAAUUAGCUCUGAAAACUGGACAAGAAGUUGGCGUAAGCGUUAAUUUGUCAGUACCAGAUUUCGUUAGAGAAGAUCGACCAGACUGGACCAUCAUUAUGAAGUAUAUACUGAAUGUUUACUAUAUUGUUUCAGAUUUAGGCAAAUAUACCAAUAUGUGA